UCUUUUAUUAUUUGGGCUCGGGAUUUGUUGUCAUUUUGCAGCUGAGUGUGACAGGAUGUGUUAGGGCAGGGUGACGUGGUCCUAGUAGCCUGGUACACACUGCACACUCUGCCUAGCAAGAAUGUUAUCUCUGGUGUUCUCUAAAAUGGCGGAGGUCUGCCAAGAUGGAGGGUUUCUCAGUAGUAGACACCAUGCCAAUCAUCACCGUGGAGGCCGACGACACCACGCCAGCCACCGGCCACAUCGUCGUCAAGGGAGUGGCUGACAGCGACACAGCGGAGAAGACUGAAGAUACUGGGGACACAAUGGACACAGAUGGGAUGGCAAGGAUCAUUGAAGGUGGCCACAUCAUUGCUAAUGGCACGGACAAUACACACACCACCACACAGAUCAUUGCCACCACAGAUGGCACACAGAUCUUCACCAGCGAGUCGGGACACAUGAUGGCGUCCGACACUGGGCAGCUCAUCAGUGCCGAACAUAAUAUAUUCAGUGACUCGGGCAGCGACAUAAUAGCUGCUGGUUCGGGUCACAUCAUAAUGGACAGUGAUGGAGUGGGGAGCAUCAUUCACUCCAGUGGGCAAGGGAUAGCGGAGGAUGGAAAGGCGCAUGUCGUGUCAGCAGAUGGGGACAUGAUAACAGUGGAUGAAGGUCUACUGGACGGCUCCCACUCACUCCGUUCUCAUGUAUCAGAGGUGAUGGAUGGCACUCAGGAGGGAGGUGAGGAAGAGGAGGGGACAGAUCCAUUGUUGCAAAGGAUAAAGAAAGAGCCGGUUGAUGCGGAGGAGGAAGACGACACCUCCUCCUUCAUCCAGAUCCGUGUCAAUGCCUCAGCGCCACGCCAGAAGAACAGUGCACAGACUCCUUUCAGGAUGGUAGCAGACUCAGAGAAGGCAGUGAACGACCUGAUAAGUAGUGAGAAGACAAACCGAUAUGCCAAAGUGGACCGCGAUGACCCGAGGAGCAGAUUGCACUUUGUGAAGUACAUGAAGCGAGAUGGCAAGACCAUCAAGAUCUGGGAGUGUGGCAUCUGUGGGAAGGAGUUCAUGCACCAGUACACCUUGAUGCGUCACUUGCCCACCCACACUGACGAGAGGAACUUCAGGUGUAACCAGUGUGGCAAAGCCUUCCGCCAGAUGUCCACUCUGUCCCAGCACAAGGCCACGCACUCCGAGUCAAGGCCGUAUGUGUGUGACCUGUGCCAAAAGACCUUCAGCCGAGUGUCGACACUUAUCUCCCACAAGAAGACCCACACGGAAGAGAAGCAGCACCAGUGUCACAUCUGUGGCAAAGCAUUCCAUCAGAAAGGUAAUCUAAAGAACCAUCUCUUCACUCACACCAAUGAGCGGCCAUACAAGUGUCAGAUAUGUGGGCGAGGGUUCAACCAGUCCUCUAACUUGCAAUGUCACAAGGCAAAGGCACAUGCUGACGGGAUUCUGAACUACCAAUACAUUUCCGACAAGUACAAGUGUAAUUUCUGCGAUCUGACCUUCUCUCGGAGGGCACAGCUGCGACAACAUGAGGAGUAUAAGCACGGAGUGAGAAACCUGCAUGGAUCACGGUCCAUGUCUGGGGGUAGUGCUCGAGUCCUGGGGAACAACAGUGCUAUCCUUCGCAAGCGCAAGAUUGGAAAUGUUCGCAUCAUUCAACUGCCCAAUGGAGAUAAGACAUUCCAGGAGAUUGGGGCCAAUGACACGAUGACAAGACAACGCAAAGUGAAACCAAAAUCAUCUGUGAAGAGUGGCAUCCUUAUAGAGCCAAUUGACACCAAGGCAAUGCACCAUGCGCUGGCUGCCGGCAGGACGCCCUUCGCCCUCCUCAAGCCCACCAAGGGAGUGCCGGUCUUGGUCAAGGUGCAGUGUGCCCUCGGAAGCAAACACAUGCUGGUUCCUGCCACAGCCAGUGAGCUGAGGAGUGCCAGCAAGUUCACAGUAUCUAGUCAGCAGAGUGGAGCCAAGGCAGUACAGAUCAAGGUCCCUGUGGUGGCGACGGUGCUGCAGCGAGUGGAUGAGAAUGGCCAGGUGCACAUGGAUAUUGAAGCACCAGGUGAUGAGGAGGAGGAAGAGGAGGAAGAGGAAGAGGAAGAGGAAGAGGACAACUAUGGUGCCUCUGAUGGGGACAACAAUCUAAGCACCGAACAGGAUCGUAAGAAUAAGGUAGACACGACCCCGUCCAUCAUCUCUUCCGUAAGCAAUGAUGUGGAGGUCAACCAGAGACUCAUCAUCAACCCAGCAGUAGUCCAGACGUCCAUUACUGAACCUGUCAUGGAGGGUGAGGAGGAGGGUGAGGAGGGUGGCGAGCAUUCCCUGGACACUCCCAUGGCAGCCAGUGAGGAUGGCAUCAUUAUCAGUGCCAUGACCGGAGCAGACCCCAUGGAGUACUCGCUGAGCCAGGAGGCAGCCAUGGCCACAGGCACUGCUGAGGAGACUGGAGAGGAGAUCAGCUCGGUUGAUCUCUUGGCCACAGCUGUGAAUCUUGUGUCUCAGGCUCAGAUGAAUAAAGAUGGCAUAAGUGGCAUGGAGGGCAUUCAGUACCUGCGGCAAGUGAACCUCCGGGAGUACGAGGUUGUGCCAGCCAAUCAUGCCCAGGCCACCCAUGUCAUCAACCAGCAUGGCCACAUAGAGCAGAUCAAGAUGGUGGAGGAGAGCACCCAGGCUGUCAGUAUGGAGCAAGCCAACAUUUCUGCCUUCAUGGAUGCGUUGCAGAGUGCUGGCUACCACAUUGACACCGGCAACCAACAGAUCAUUAUUAACGCUGAUGGAAAUGCCAUGGUGGUGGAUCAGCAGGUGCACAUGGUGAUAGAUGGGGACAUGGAGGGUGUGGUGAACGAGAGCGUUGACCCUUCCUCUGUAAAUCUGGUCGUCCACGAGGUGCCAGAGGGUAUACAGGCUGCUGACACUGAGGACACCAACUAAAGAGCUGUCAAGAUCUCUCCCUAGAGCAGCAAAGCUGAAGAAGCUGUAUAUUCUCGUCAAUUUACCAAUAUUUUAAGAUAAGAUUAAGUGAGUUAACAAGUUAUGUAAAUGUGAAUCUUUUUGUAAAAAUUUGUUUGUUUUAAUAUGUACAAUUCCUUGGUCAUUUAUGAUUGAUCCACAGAGGAAUUGAUCCAAACAGAAGAGUGCAUCACUCUUAACAUGUACAUGUUUUAUUAUUUCACUGCUGGUUAUACAUAGUGCCACUGAUGCUGCAUCUAGAGUCACGUGUCAUGAUGGAUCACCAACAAUACCCAAGUGCCUUCCAACAUUGCAGACUUUGACCAAGACUUGUGUUGUUGCUGUUGCUAAUAGAGAUGCGUAGCACAGCUCCGUGACGGCAAGCUUCACAAUAUCUGUCUUGGUAAAAGUAAAAUGUGCCCUCCUACCUUUCUUUGUAUUCGUUUGUCUCAGCUCUUCAUUAUAUUUUCCAAUGUGCAGGUAUGGGAUGAAUCAUGUGAAUUAUUUCAGUGCCUUUUUCAUAGCAUUGCAAACACAAGUUCUUAUAUAAGAAAAGUGUAUAUUGAAUUAGAAAAAUCAUUUAUUAUGUUUCUUUAUAUGUAGCUAUAGUGUAAAUAAUCUCCACAGGGUAGUUGACAAUAAUAUCAAAAUCAGCUUAUUGAGAAAAAAAGCUAAAUGCCACAGGGGAAGCUUUUACUUACAACUGAUUACUUAUAACUUAUCUUGUACCCACAUCAUGUAUGUGUUCCUCUUAGUCUUGUCAAAGGUUGCUUCAUUACUCUACUUCUUUCAUCCUGCAGCAACAAUUCUUUUCAUGUCUGCUGGUAGUGGCACUGAUCUCUGCCUCUUAGUGCCAUGAGUCCUGUGUUCCUUCUUGUUGCAUCUCAAGCCUGGUUUUCUUUGGCCUGAGUAGCACAAUGAUAGAGGCUGUGAUUCCUGACCUAAAGGCUUUAUAUGUGAACCUUUGCUGUGUUGUGUGAGAGGGAGAGAUGUUUGUCUGCAACCCUAACUGUGCAACCUGGCUGGGAGACAAAUAUAUCACUUUCUGGUAACUCAUUUUCAUAUGUCAUAAUUUUCUCUGCUGUGUUCAUCUCCAGUUUUAAGGAAAUCUGUUGUUAUGAAUGGUGUGAGAGCUCUGGUGUGUUUAGUGGAUGCAGGUCCAGGAAAGAAACACUGGAUACUGUUUCUUUAGACUGAUAACUAAUUUUCUUGUCUGUCUCUCUGUUGCCUCUUAGUCCUUCAUAAUGUUGGCCUUUACAGAUGAGUCUUUAGGUUGUCUUUCCUCAAAUUCAGUCUUUGCCUCACCUUGGUUUAUGGUCCAGCAGUUGGACUUCCAAAUGUAUACUGAAAAUAGUAUGCGUUUUGCUUUGAACCAAAUGAUAUUAUUAGGAGUUAUGUUCCUUGGCCUAGUCUAUGUUUUAGUCUUUCAAAGCCAUUGUGCAGUUCAUCUUACAUUGAAAUUUUGAGUGUAGAAAUAUGAGUAUUAUAAAGGAAAACUGACCUUUCUGCCUCAUUUUGCAGUAUCAAAUAUGUCAUUAAGUCAAAUUUUGUGGACAGUGGAAGAAGGUUAAAUGAAUCAAGAAUGAAGGUAUUUUGUGAGCCAUAUGGAAUUUAGGUUUUGUAUGAUUAGGAUGAGAUGCCUCAAUUGUAUGAUUAGGAUCCUUUAUUUGCUGUAUACAGUAUAUGAAGAUGCUAUUUUGUUUAGCAAAUAAUGCUUGUGAUAUGUAGAGUCAGGUUAAUAGUGCCACUUCUUGUGUAUGCUCAUAAGUCUAUGUGUGUGUGUGUGUGUGUGUGUGUGUGUGUGUGUGUGUGUGUGUGUGUGUGUGCACGUGUUCUGGUUCUUUGGGUAAGAUUUAGGGUAAGUUCAGUGUGUGUGUGUGUGUUCUGGUUCUUUGUGUAAGAUUUCGAAUAAGUUCAGAGUGUGUGUGUGUGUGUGUGUGUGUGUGUGUGUGUGUGUGUGUGUGUGUGUGUGUGUGUGUGUGUGUGAAUGUGAGAAGGGUGUGAGCUGGUGUUGUGUUACAUCACUGUGCUGGUGACACAGUAGCACAGACUGUCAUGACCUCAUGUACCUGAUCCAUAGUUGUUAGUGUUGCUCAAACCCUGCAAGCCAUGGUGGGGCAGUGCAGGGCAGGGCUCCUUAGCAUCUUGUUAGGGGCAGCAAUGGAUGCCUAUAGGCUGUGCCUCAGAAGCCAGAAACUUAAUUUAUUCUUGUUUAAAAAUGCAAUGUUGCAUUAUUCUCCACUUUACUAACUUAAUUUACCUUUUUUUUUUUUAUUGAUGCAGUGCAUAAAGAAGCUUAAAUUGGUGAAUGCAGUCCAGCUUUGAGAUUUUGUUUUUAUAUGUUACUUAAUAAUGUACGACUGGUUUUCUUUUUCUAAUAAAUAUCAAACUAGAGUUGAA